AUGGAAGAUAAAUCAAAUGAAAUACAAUCCAGUGAUUUCAUGGAAUCAACUGGUAGCAUUCUAACUGGUUUAAUUGGAUCUGUUCCAGUUGUUGGAAGCAUGUUAGGUGGUCUUUUUGGUGCAUUAUGGCCAGGUCCUAAAUAUGUAACUGUUGAAGAAUUUCAAAAAGAAAUCAAAAAAUUAAAAGAACAAAUGAUAGCUAUGGUAGAUAUGUUAGAAGGAAAGAUUGAUGCUGCUCUUGAUUUAGUUUUUAAUACAAUUAUAGACAUCGAAGUGUUAGCUUUAAUUAAUUCUGGUAAUCAUUUUUCAGAUGCCGUCAAUUUAUGGGCAGAAAGAAAUGGCAAAAAAGUUACCAAUAUCCCAAAGAAAAAGAGUAAGUUUGCCAUGGAAAUUCAAGAUUUAAGUGAUGAAGGAAUUAAAGAUCUAUGCAGAACUCAAUAUCAAAUAUUCACUGAUAAUGCUGAAAAAUGCAUUAUCUUAUUAUCUGAUGAUAGAUUUAAUGAAUAUUCAUUAUCAGCUCUUUAUAUUUGCAAUGGUACAUUAUGUUUCAAGCCAAUUGGAAUUAAUGGAAGUGUUAUUGGAGUAAAAAACAAUCUCCAUCAAAAAAUCAAUGGAUUCCAUAUGGUUGCUGGAAAAGGAUAUUUCAAAGCAUUAAAAAAGGGUGUUUCUCCUUCAGAUAAAUUUUUAAGUAAAGUUGUAAAUACUGCGGCUUUAGUUCACUAUGCGGAUAAAAGAUUAUAUAAAUAUCCAGUUCAAAAACUCAGCGACUACACCCAAAUAGGAUCAGAUACAGGUCUUGUUAUGAAACUAUUUGAAAAAACCUAUGUUCCCUGGUUAGAUAGCUUUCGUAUUGCAGAUAAAACAAAGAAUGAUGGAACUAUCGAUUUUGUUACGGGUCAAUCUCAAAUUACACCUCUAUCAAAUUUAAGACCUGGUUUCAAUACUUUAUUCAAUUUUAAAUUUGUUACCCCUCCAUGUAAGAAAGUUUUAGUCAAUGUUCAUCUUGCUGCAUUCAACAACAUUAAUUUUAAAAUAAAUGAACUUUUGGUAUUUUCACCUCAAUAUUCAUUUGACACCAAUUCCUUACCAAUGAACUGUCCAACUAUGGAAGCAAUUAGAAUUGGUGUAGAGUCUGGUGGUCAAGUUCCAUCGUCCAUAAAAUAUGGAAUUCAAUCACACAUAUUUGAAUUUGACACAGCUCGUACAUCAUUUGAAUUUAUGUUUUUCACUGAUAAUUCCUUAAACCAAGGUAAUGACAAUCUUCACAUGGAGGAUAUCAAUUUUACAUUGUUGGAAUAACUUCAUCUUUAUUAUGUCAAGUUUUGCUUUACAAUAAUAUAAAAAAAUAAAUAACCUAUUCAAAGUUUAAAUAAACUAUCAUUUGACUCUUAUAUAAUUGGC